UUGACAAUACUUCACUGGAUGAAAGUAAUAAACAAAUUUUUUAAAUUUCUCAACUAAAAUUAAUCAGAAAUAAUUAAAAUAAACAUUUCUAUUCAAUGUCGCUGUUUCCUGCGUAUGAAGAACAGGCCAAAGUUCAAGAACCAAUAUGGAAAAAGGGGAAAGAUGAAAGUGAUACAAGUUGGUUAACAAAUUCCAGUUUUCAGAUUGAUUUAGAAACCAGUGCUAAAUCUGGUGAAAUAGGAAAAUCGGUCACUAUAAAAGUUGUUGACUCUAAGAAAGAUAAGAAGGAAGUCCCAACUCAUGCAAGCAAUACACGAAAGCGAAAGAAGUCAAGGAAAAAAGAUAUUGCUGAAAAAAAGGAAAAAUAUGAUCAUUCACCCAUACUACCUGGAAUUGAAGAAAAUUUUAGUAUAGAUGUGUCUGGUUGUCGGGAAUUGUUGAAGGUACCUACUAUAUCUGGACGUCCAGCUCCUAAGUAUCGUGUAGCUUACUAUUUGAAUGUUACACAGUAUCGUUCUAAGAAAAAGUUUAAGAGGUAUCAUGAACUUUUGCCAGAAAAAAAUACUGACGGUGAACAAGUUAUUACAAAACAGAACAUUGAUCAAAUUGGAUUUGCAUCUAGAGAUGAUAAUUUCCCUGGAUUCAAGCAAGAGCAGGAAUUGUCUCAACAAACAGGUUUCUUUAACAGUCAUCUCGAAAACCAUCCUAAUGAUAUCGAAGUGUGGUUGGACUACAUUCAAUUCCAAAAUGUGGUUUACCAGUUUGAAAAGACUUAUAGAAAAGGUAGCAUAGCUAAGGCACAGAGAGUAUUAGCUGAAAGAAAAUUAUCCAUUCUUGAUAAAGCAAUGUCCUUCAAUCCCGAAAGUGAAUCAUUACACCGGGAGAGAUUGAACAUUGUGGUUGGGACCUUUCCAGCAGAUGAACAACAAGCAUAUCUGAAGGAUUUGGUGGAGAAAGAUAAAGGUAAUAUUAUAUUGUGGCAGGGUUAUAUAGAGUCUACGCAGUGCUCUUUGUCACAUUGCAACACACCAGCAGUAUUGAGCUUGUACACAAAAUGUUUGUCGACCUUGCACCAGUUGAGACGUACUACAUUUGUAGAGAAGAAUUUAUUAGAGGAAAAUAUUCUUAAGAUGUUAUAUCAGUGUGGUCUGUAUAUGAAACAGGCUGGAUUAUUUGAACAACUUUGGACCCUGCUGAGGAUGUAUUUGGAGUUGAAUUUAUCACCCAAUGAUAAAACAAAGUUCAACAUCACCUCAGGUUUCAGAGAGAAGCAGUUAAUUGAACUGGAGGAUAUUAUUUUCACUUCUAAUCUGCCCUUGCAUGAACUCUGGUUGAGAACUGAGAGGCUUCGAGAAUCCUGUCAUUGGCUUCCUUAUUUAGAUGAUGAAAACUGUGAGGAUCCUCAGCGCAUAGUAUUCACCGAAGAUGUAGCUGAGUUGAUCCAUCCAAUCACUGUGGCGGAUAACAUUUUCAAACUCACGGCAACUGUCUUUUCCCUGUUGAAAAUUCCUUUGCUGCCUUGUCGUCACAGCACCAUGCGAGAUUUAGGUCUCGAUUAUGUUCCAUGGAGUUUAGACUCGAUUGAACCACUAUUAUCAGUGUUCCUGCCUCUUUAUCCAGUGGAAAUUGCCAAAGAAUAUUUGUGGAUAGAUAACCGCCUGGCGGUAGGACCACAGUAUUUAAAGAAAAUUCCCGGACACGAAGAGUACUUAAAUUUCAUUAUUAAAAUAAUGGAAAACGCUGCAAGUUGUUUGUCUGGCAGUGACAAAAUUGCUAUUACUGUAUGGUUUUUUAGGUUUCAAAGACUUCUGAUAGUACUAGACAGGAUGAAGUUAUUUACAAUAACGGACAGUUUCAAGAAAAACAUCAAAAAGAAAAUUAAAGAAUUCCUUAAACGGGAGGAGAACAGGCAGAAUGAAAUUUAUUAUCUGGAGUAUGCUUUGAUUGAGUAUGAACUGGGGAAUACCGAUAACUGCUUCACAAUCAUAAAUACUGCACUAAGUUUGAAUGUUAAACCAAAAAUUGUUGCUGAAAAUUGGUUACAGUCGCAAACAAUAUGGUGUUUUCUCUAUAGAAAUUUGCUUGAUUUAAUUCUGCAUAUGAAAAAAGGAUCUCUAAAUGAUAAGAAAGCUCUUGAAGCAUUAUGUGAAAUGAUACUCCAAAGAAAUAAACCAGAAUUGACUGAAAGUGUACUGAAUGAAGCAGAAACUAAGCUAGAACUCAUCUCAAAUCAGUUGAUUCAAAAUGAUAUCCCCAAAUUACAACCAUUGCAUCAUUUUCUCCCAGAUUUUCUUACAGAUUGGCUCAUGUGUCAUGGUUGGUUUAUAUAUCUUAGGAAAGGACCUGAGGAAUGUUGUACAUUUCUAGCAGCUUCUCUUCAAGAGCUUGAAAAGAAGAAUUCAGAGCCUUCAUGGCAAAAAGAAGUACUCAACGAAUUUUAUGUUGCAAUUUUAUUCAAAUAUUCUAGAGAUAAACCUGCAGGCGGAUUAGUCAAACUUCUUGAUGAAGUUAUUUUUGCUGCAGUGGAAAAGUAUCCUAAUAAUCUACUGCUAUUGUCUGUCCUUGAAAGACAACAAACUCUGGUAAACUCUCUAGGACCAAGAUGGUGGAAAGUGCAAAAUUUACUUCUGAAGUCUGAAAGAGCUUUGUCUUCACUUUUUUCUGUAAUAAUAGUCAAUCAGCAAAUGGUGCAGUUACAAGAAGUAACAACUGAUACUAUUACUGGUAAUAAAUAUGAUGUUAAUACUAGCCUGAAAAACAAGAUGCUCGCACUGUUCAAAAAAAUUACUUCCAAUGUCAAUACCAGGAAGUGUGGACUAGUAUGGAGACUUUAUUUGCAGUUUGUUUAUACAUAUUUUUCUCCAGAAAUUUGCCGAAACGUUUACUAUUCUGCUGUUGAAGAAUGUCCAUGGCUCAAGGCCUUGUACAUUGAUGCGGCCAUUUAUAUACCAGCAGAACUGCCCCAAAUUCAGGAUCUUAUAAUUGAGAAGCAGCUCAGGUUACACGUUACUCCUGAAGAAUUGGAUGUGUUGAGGAAUUAAUUGUUUAUGUGAAUCCUGUGAUAUUUAUGUUAAGUUGAAAAUCACCUAAUAAUUAUUGAUUAAACCUUUUUUUAUAAAGGGG